AGAUAAUUAUUUGUUAACAUUAAUUGCAUAAACUAUAAUAUAAAGAAAUCCUACAUGACUACGUUAUAUUAUGUAAAACAUAGGUAAAGAAGAUCUAGGGUAGAGAAAAAGCAAUGUAGUUCAAUAUUUGAAAUGAAAAAAAAAAACUUUAAAAUCCUAUUUCUUCUCAUGUUCACAAUUCGAUUCAUAUGUACACAAUUUUUAAAACUCUCAAUAAAAAUUAUUCCAAUACUAAAAGUUUUUAAAAAUCUAUUUUCAUGAUAUGAUUAGACAUAAUCUUAAAUAUCUAUUAAAGAAUAUUAUUGGGAUAAUACUAAUUAGUUUGAGAUAAAAGAGAAAAAAAAAUUAUGGUGAAAGCAAUUAAAAACCUUAUUAAUGAAUUACAGUAAGAGAAAAAAAAAGUACCAAAUAAUACAAUAGAGUUGUUUAUUAAUAAAUUAAAAAAUAUAUAAAUAAAUUAUGGUGAAAACAAUUAAAAAACCUUGUUAAUGAAUUACAGGUAGAGAAAAAAAAGGAAUAUAGAAAGAUAUUUGAUACUGUGUUUUGAGAGGAUUAAGCCCCAUAUUAUAGGAUUAAAUCCGUUACUCUUUUAUCUAUAUAUAUAAAAAAAAUAUUUUUUUCCUUCUUUCUACCUCAACAAUCAUGGACGUUCUCCGAUUCACCGGAGCAACAUUCACCGCCAGCACAACAGUUACAGUCGUUCGUUUCGACGCCAUUAAACCUGGAGCAAAAUUAAAAACAAAACGAACUAGGUUUAUUAGUGCUACCAUUACUAAACCAGCGGCUGUUGUUACGGCAGCAGAGCCACUGCAAAUUUCGAAGAGUGAUGAUACAUUGAUACCAGUAGUACAUCCGAGUUCGUUACAGUGCGAGGAAGGUUUUCUGUUACCGAAUUAUCCACGUGGUGAAAUCGGAUAUAAUUAUGUUAAAGAGAUAUUGACAUCUAAAGUAUAUGAAUUAGCUGAAGAGACGCCAUUGCAGCGUGCACAUAAGUUAUCAGAGAGGUUAGGGGUAACUGUAUGGCUCAAACGUGAAGAUCUACAUCCGGUCUUCUCAUUUAAGGUCAGAGGAUCUUAUCAUAUGAUGGCAAAACUCUCGAAGGAGCAGUUAGAAAAGGGCGUUAUAUGCUCAUCAGCGGGAAAUCAUGCACAAGGUGUUGCUUUAGCUGCCAAGAAACUCGGCUGCAAUGCUGUGAUUGUGAUGCCCGUUACUACGCCAGAAAUUAAAUGGAAAUCAGUUGAGAGAUUGGGCGCUACUGUUGUUCGUGUGGGGGAUACAUACGAAGAAGCACAAGCAUAUGCUGUAGCUCAGGGCAAAGAAGAAGGACGUGCAUUCGUUUCUCCCUUUGAUCACCCUGAUAUCAUAAUAGGGCAAGGUACGGUUGGAAUGGAGAUUAACCGCCAAUUCAAAGAUAAGAUACACGCGAUAUUUGUGCCUAUUGGUGGAGGAGGUCUUAUAGCUGGCAUUGCUGCUUAUAUGAAAAAAGUCUCCCCUGAUACGAAGAUUAUUGGUGUUGAGCCAGUCGAUUCCAAUUCAAUGGCGUUGGCAUUACACCACGGUCAAAGAGUAAUGCUGGAAAAAGUUGGAUCUUUUGCAGAUGCAGUAGCUAUUAGAAUGGUUGGUGAAGAAAGUUUUCGUCUCUGCAGGGAACUAAUAGAUGGGAUCGUCCUAGUUAAUCAUGAUUCUAUAAGUGCAUCGAUAAAGGACAUGUUCGAAGAGAAAAGAAGCAUACUGGAGCCGGCUGGUGCACUUGCCCUAGCUGGAGCUGAAGCAUACUGUAAGUACUAUGGCGUGAAGGGAGAAAACAUCGUAGCAAUAACUAGUGGAGCCAACAUGAACUUUGACAGACUUAGAUUGGUAACUGAACUCGCGGAUGUUGGUAGACAGAGGGAAGCUGUUCUCGCUACUUAUCUGCCUGAAGAACGAGGCAGCUUCAAAAAGUUCUAUGAGAUGGUGGGACAAACUAAUAUUACGGAAUUGAAGUAUAGAUAUGAUUCUGAGAAAGAAAAUGCUCGAGUAUUUUACAGAAUUGGUCUUCACACGAAAGUAGAACUUGAAGAAAUGGUGGACAGGAUGGAAUUAGAACAACUGCAUACGAUUAAUUAUACAGAUAAUGAAUUGGUUAAAGAUCAUCUAAGACAUCUGAUAGGUGGGAGAUCAGAUGUCCACAAUGAGCAUCUCUGUCGAUUCAUUUUCCCAUACAAACCUGGUGUUUUGAUGAAGUUUUUAGACGCUUUCAGCCCACGUUGGAAUAUAAGUUUGUUACAUUACCAUGCACAGGGAGAAACUGGCGGGAAUGUGCUAAUCGGACUCCAAGUUCCACAGAAUGAGGUUGAUGAAUUCCGGGGUCGAGCUGAGAGUCUUGGUUAUGUGUGUGUUGUGGAGACUCUCAAUGAAGCUUUCCAACAACUGAUGCAUUGAAAUGGUUUGUAUGCAUUAUGAAGUUUUGGUCCUGAAGAAAGUGUUUUUUGUCAAUGUUUUGAACCAACACAAGAUUAUGCUUUAGCUUUAUUCAAAUAAUAGUAGUCAUAGUCUUUAGGGGUAGAGUGCUUUCAUGCCCUGCUUUUGCCAUCUUUCAAGCAUACGUUGCGUAUUGCGUUUCGAUUGUCACGUGGUAUUGUUUCUGUCUUAUAGGCUCUACGCUACUUUUCAUACUAA